ACGAUUUCGUAUACAGAGCGGCAAUUUUUAUUACUUUCUUCAGACAAAAGAAAUAAAUGUUUCUGUAUUUUAUGCAGAUCAAAGUUACCUGCGCUGUAUUUAUGGACUUCAUUGACUUUGAUUUGAUGGUUAUCAGUGGAAAAAUUCCGCCUUGCAUUUUAUUAAAAUUUUUCCGGACAUGCUGUUUAGGACACUAUGGAGAAUUACGGACAGGACGCUGCAAAUAAAUUGGCGACGUUUUGGAGAGGAAUUUCUACGGCUAAGAGCUCAUUUCUGCAAACAACAAAUAAUAACGGCGCGAACAGUAACGUGAACGACCUGUCAUCAAGCCCAGGUAACACUAGAGGGGGAGGAGGGGUGAACCAGCCGCCUUCAUCAAGCAAUUCAUCCCGCUCCAACAGUUUUCUCGCUCCAAACCAAGACAGUGCAUCUUUUCAAAGCUCGACUCAAAGCAACGUUAAUAAUAUACGACCUUCAUACACUUCUGUUAGCAAUACCAACCCCAACUACAACUCCACCGGCAACUCGUCGUCUUACCAUCAGCCUACUGAAGAUUCCUCACUAAACAGACCUAACAACUUAUCAUCGAGUACUAACCAAAAUGUUAAUGACUCAUCCUCAACAUCGCCAUCUUUACUGAGCAGAAGACUUCAGCAAGCUGUUCACGCCAACAGCUCUUCUACAACCAUGAACUCCAGGCUAGAUUCAGCUUUUGCUAAAUUUGUUCAGCAGGCUAAAAAUGCGUCAAGUUCAUCGCCAACAGUGCCCCCCGUGACAGAGGAUAAAACAGGUCCUAGCCGCGGGGCUAACCACCCGUCACUAUCACCAUCAUCAUCAGUAUCUGUGAACCCAACUGCAAAUCUAAUCAGGAGAGGAGAGGAUUAUGGCGCCUGUUCUAUUGCAGCUAAUACAAAUAGCAAUCAGGCAUCAGCAUCAGGCAGCAAUAACUUGGCCUGUUAUAAUCCUGGAAGCAGUAAUGUGAUGGUGUCUCCUUCUGAUUUCAAUGGCGACAAUCCUCAUCAUCAUAAAUCAUCUCAGCCCCAAGACCCAACUAGAGAACAAGCGGACCUGACAGGAGACCACAUGCACUCACAUGAGCCUAAUAGAUCCCCAAGGACAGAUCAGUUGAACCCAAGCCAGAGUUGUCCAUCGACCCCCUUUCCGGAUCAGCACACUCAGAAGCCAAACUCGGUGCUGAACGUAGCCACCUCUCUCUUUACGCGCUCACCCCGACUGCCUCAUUUUCGAAACCUGAGAUCAGAAACGAUCGCAGUUGAUUCGAAUAAUCCAGACGCCCAACCUAUAACACCAAUCGUAGUCCAACAAGGUCUGGACUCUAUCCCCACACCAACCUCCUCAAAACGAGCUUCGGUCUCGAACUCGCCGAGCCAAGCACGACUCUCAGAAGCCUCAUUGCCUCAGUUAAACCCGUUACCCGAAGAGAAUUUGCCCGAGGGGUUAAGCCCACCGAAUCCAUCCGAAGUUGACCUAGAAGCUAGUGCUAACUCCACGACAUCGCGAGGCAAAACUGCGAUGAUGAAUGCUCGCUACUUCGCGAAACUGCUGAAGAAGCAGAAUACGGAGCCGAAUGGGGAGGUGGCGGGCUUCCACAAGGGGUCUAUGGCCUCUCUGCCUCCUAUGAACGAAGAGGGAAAAGAUGGUCGAUACAGUUCAAAUGCAAUCAUUUGUGCAAGAAAAAGAGAUGAAGUUAGAUGA